CGCGGCGAGUCUUCCCGAGUCGCCGGCCCGGCUUUCGCGGGUCCCUGAACCGCGGGCGGCCGGCUCCCUGCGCGUGGCCAUGGCCCCCCCGUCGCCGUGCAGACCCCUGAGGCCGUGGCUGCUGUUGCUGCUGCUGCUGCUGCUGAGCGUGGCGCUUCUGGGAGCGGCCCGCGCCGAGCCCACCGCUGGGAGCGCCAUCCCCGCGCAGAGCCGCCCGUGUGUGGACUGUCACGCGUUCGAGUUCAUGCAGCGUGCCCUACAGGACCUGCGGAAGACGGCCUACAGCCUGGACACGCGGACCGAGGCCCUCCUGCUGCAGGCGGAGCGCCGCGCCCUGUGUGCCUGCUGGCCAGCCGCGCGCUGAGGACCCUCGCAGCACUGUCCCUGGUCAAUAAACACCCAGCUCAG